UUCAUUCAUGUUCACAUUGUCAUUUCAGCGGAGCAGCAUUUGCCAACCAGCAUCUAGUCCAGUCCAAACAUUUUUAAUUAUCUUUUUUUUUGUUUCCUUUCAUCAAGAGCUAUGCACAUGCAGAGCAAAUCACCAAACGCACAGCCCAUCCCCUCCGCCCCUCUUUAUAUACCACACGCGAACACGAGAGCGGUUGAGGAAAACAAAAACCACACCGAGCUGAGCCUACUGUGCUGCCUCUGCCUGCACCAACCAAGAAAGCAAAGCCCAAUCAAGAAGAAGAAGGAGAAUGGGGGAGGCGCCGUGCAGCGUGGUGGCGCCGCGCCGUUCCCCGGCGCGCUUCCGCCUGCCGCGCCACGGGCUGCGCCGCAAGGUCCACGUCGUCCGGCUCGGGAACGGUGGUGCCGGUGCCGGCGCACGGGCUGGCGGGGUCCGCCGCCUCUGCGGCCUCCGGCGUCGGAUCAAGCUCCGGUGGUUCCGGAGCGCCAUGUGGCGCCUGGCCGAGCUCUGCGUGGCGGUGCUGUCGGGGCCCCCGGGGACGGCCGACGCCCCGCCGUCGUGGACCGGCGUGGAGCCGUGCUUCGCCGCGCCCUUCCUGCCGGCCGCGCUGGUGAGGCGCGCGGGGCAGGAGUAGCUAAGCCUAGCUGGUGACGGUGCUGCCCUGUGACCAUGAAGACAACAACACUAAUGUAUAUACAGUACUCACUACUGCUCAAUGGAGAAGUAGAUUGAUAUGUAACGAUUUUUUUUAACCGCGACUCAAGCGAUUCGUUGAUGUCUGAAAGUCUGAAGAUUGCAUUGCUACAUUCCCCCUGCUCUUUCUCUGGAUUUCCUUUAGCUCUGUUCCUUUUAAGAUCUUUCUUUUUUUUUUGCUUCCAAAGCAGAGGCAAGUUCGGUGCUGUAUGGUACUGUGCUAUAGCAAUUCCAAUCAUGUUGCGAGUA